AUGCGUGUCCUGCCUGUCCUCUUGGCCGUCUCGGCCUUUUUAUCACCCACCUUUGCCAUUCCCGCGGGCUCCAGUAUCACCCCACCUCCGCCACUCCAACCCAUCCAGCUCCUCACUCAACCCUCAGACCCACGGCGCCCAUGGACCCGACUCCGCGAUUGGAUUAUUGAAUCUGUCUGGGAUGUCACCCAUUCCUCUCCAAAGCAGAUCUCUCCGCCAUCCAACGUCUACGAUCGAUAUGGGAAUGAUGUCGUACUUCGAUUUCAUCUGGAUCACCCGGACGAGGCACAAGCUCUAAGCUCGGCGUCGCAGGUCCUGCUACUGGACGUCUGGGCAGUAACGUCUAAUUAUGUUGAUAUUCGUCUGGCAGAUGCAAUGAUACCCUCCUUGCUGGAACUACUCCCAACAUCCCUGCGAACAGCCUACACGCCUCUCAUGGACGACCUGGCGGAGAUGAUCUACGCUACGUAUCCAAAGCGUCCCCAUGCCCCACUUGAUUUCGAAUCGGGAAUUGUAUCCGGUGGAAGAAGAACGGCGGUGUCUGGUGAUCUCUUCUUCCGCGAGUAUCAGCCAUUGCCCAUCAUUGUGCAAUGGAUGCGCCUCAUGGCGUCAAUGUUCGCCUCACACGCGCGCAUGGUGAGCGUCGGAGUCUCGUACGAAGGGCGUGACAUCCCCGCCCUGCGACUAGGCGCAGCCUCCCCAAACCCAGGAGCCCCAAACUCAGGGCCGCGCAAGACAAUCGUCGUGGUUGGCGGCACUCAUGCGCGAGAAUGGAUUGGCACAUCGACCGUAACUUAUUUGGCAUACAGUCUCAUCACCGAGUAUGGCCAGUCAGCCGCGGUUACUCGGUUGUUGAAUGAGUAUGACUGGGUUUUGGUGCCGACCCUCAACCCAGAUGGGUAUGUUUACUCGUGGACGUCGGAUCGUCUCUGGCGCAAGAACCGGCAGCCAACGGGCCUGCCACUGUGCCCUGGUGUGGACCUCGAUCGUGCCUGGGAUUUCGAGUGGGAUGGCGAGUCAACCCGCUCGAAUCCGUGCUCUGAGAACUACGCAGGCGCGGAGCCAUUUGAAGCGCUAGAAUCUCACCGCCUGGCACAGUGGGUCCAAAACGAAACGGCGAAUGGGCAUGCAGAUAUUGUAGGCUUCUUGGACCUGCAUUCAUAUUCUCAGCAAAUCCUCUAUCCCUACUCAUACAGCUGCUCCUCGGUUCCUCCCACUCUUGAGAGUCUGGAAGAACUAGCACUGGGACUGGCCAAGGCCAUCCGACAAUCUUCUCGGGAGUCCUACGAUGUGACUUCAGCCUGUGAAGGGAUCCUUCCGUCCGGCGCUACGGCCGGUGUGAGUUCAGGUGGUAGUGCGCUGGACUGGUUCUAUUACAAGCUGCAUGCCACAUACUCGUACCAGAUCAAACUGCGCGAUCGUGGAAGCUAUGGAUUCUUGGUUCCUCCAGAAUACAUUGUCCCAACGGGUCAGGAGAUCUUCCAGGCAGUGUUGACCUUUGGCAAGUUCGUUUGGGGCGAGAAGACGUCCAGCUCAAGCUUCGAGGGCUCUGGGGGUCAAAAACCAUUGGCGUAG